GCUGUGCUCGAGGGGUGCCAGCCAUCCCAGAGCGAGCGAGCGAGCAGGCACUGAGGGGGCGCGGCUGCCAGUCGUCGAGACCUCGCAGGAGCAGUCCACCAGCUGACAGCCAGCACAUCAGCCAUGGAGCGUCUUGUCUCCCGUGGGACCUUCCCCACACUUGCGCGCACCAGCGCCUGCCGCAGCCUCUUCGGGCCCGUGGACCACGAGGAGCUGAGCCGCGAGCUGCAGAUGCGCCUGGCCGAGCUGCAAGCCGAGGACCAGAACCGCUGGGACUACAACUUCCAGCAGGACGUGCCCCUGCGCGGCCCUGGGCGUCUGCAGUGGACCGAGGUGGACAGCGAAUCCGUGCCCGCCUUCUACCGCGAGACGGUGCAGGUGGGGCACUGCCGCCUGCAGCUGGCGCCCCGGACCGUCCCGGUCGCCGUGGCUGUCAGCCCGCCCCUCGAGCCGUCGGAUGGUGAGUCCCUCGACGACCUCGAGGAGGCGCCGGAGCAGCCAUCCAGCGCUCCGGACGGGGCGUCCACCCCGCCCCCAGACCCGAUCGCGGUCCCACCCCCGGCCCUGGCCCCGGUCCUGGCCCCGGUCCUGGCCCCGAUCCUGGCCCCGGUCCUGGCCCCGAUCCCGGCCCCGGCCCCGGUCCUGGCCCCGGUCCCGGUCCCGGCCCCGGCCCCGGCCCAGGACGCGGUGCCUCAGGACGGCGCCGAGCAGGGCGCGAACCAGGCGCAACGCAGCCAGGAGCCUGUCGCCGACCAGCUGCACUCGGGGAUUUCUGGACGUCCCGCGGCCGGCACCGCCGCCGCCAGCGCCAACGGCGCCGCGAUCAAGAAGCUGUCCGGGCCUCUCAUCUCCGAUUUCUUUGCCAAGCGCAAGAGAUCUGCGCCCGAGACCAAGUCAUCGGGCGAUGUCCCCGCGGGGUGCCCCUCUCCCAGCGCCGCUAAUGGGGUGGGCGCGGCGGAGCAAACCCCGCGCAAGAGGCUGCGGUGAGUUAGUUUAGAGCCCAAAGAGCCCCGAGCGAACCUGCUGGGGCAGCGGACGUUGGAACAGCGCUGGGCCUCGGCCGGGACCGUUCAUGUAGCAGCAACCGGCGGCAGCUGCCGCAGAGCAGCGUUCGGUUUUGUGUUUAAAAUUCGAAAACUGUGCAAUGUAUUGUCUUUUUAUAUCUAAAUGUAUUCUGCACGAGGAGUACACUGGUCCCAAGGUGUAAAGCUUUAAGAGUCAUUUAUAUAAAAUGUUUAAUCUCUGCUGAAACUCAGUGCAAAAAAAAAAGAAAAAGAAAAAAAAAACCGAAAAAAGAAAAAAACCAUGUAUAUUUGUACAAAAAGUUUUUAAAGUUAUACUAACUUAUAUUUUCUAUUUAUGUCGAGGCGUGGAUCGCUCUGCCACGCAGUAGCUCGGUUAUUGGUUAUGCCAAAGGCCCUACCUAUCACCCGCACCUGGUUAUCAAGUGUAACUUUGUUUUCGUAGCGGACUCUGGGGGAGGGGUCGCCACAAGCUGUAGCCGCGUACAUGCCCAAUCUAGCUUGCAGUCUCUUCGCGCUUCGCUGUCUUUUAUUAUUACUGUUAUUAUUUGAACUUGAAGACAAAUCUGUUGAAAUGGUUCCUGAGCCGUCUGUACCACUGCCCCGGCCCCUCGUCCGCCGGGUUCUAAAUAAAGAGGCCGAAAAA